UUGCAAAGAUCUCUUAGAAUUGGAUCCACCGAAUCUCACACCUUUAUAUCAGAUAAGACAAACACAUACUAUAUAUGGAGCAUGUUAAGGAGAAGAUUGUGUUCAUUUAUAUCAUAGAGCAUGUCAAAGAAACCCAUGAAAUACUAUGUGGUGGAUGCUUUCACUGAGUCAGCGUUCAAGGGAAACCCUGCAGCAGUGUGUUUGUUAGAAGAAGAGAGGGAUGAUGAAUGGUUGCAAGCAUUAGCAGCUGAGUUCAAUAUCUCUAUGACUUCUUAUUUGAUUCCCAUUCAACAAGAAACCAAGAUUCCCCGUUUUCAUCUUAGAUGGUUUAGUCCUAUAGUUGAGGAUAAUCUUUGUGGCCACGCCACAUUAGCAGCUGCACAUGUGGCUUUUUCAUCUGGUUUAGUGGACAGGGAUGUUAUUGAAUUUAUGACACAAUCUGGAAUGUUAACUGCUAAAAAGAUCUCAUCGAUCAAUGGUAGUACUAGUGGCAUGAAGAAUUUCCAAAACCAUGAAGCUAAGGAUGUAUUUUAUGUUGAAUUGGAUUUUCCUGCUGACCCAAUUUCAGAACUAAAAUUUGAUGAUAUUUCACUUAUUUCUGGAGUAUUGAGUGAGGCUUCCAUUGUUGAUGUGAAGAGGACAGAGAUUCAAGAUGACUUGAUUGUUGUGGUUGCAUCCGCAAAGAAUGUGACAGAAGUACAACCACAUUUUGAUGCAAUUUAUAAAUUACCUGUAAGGGGAGUAAGUGUUUCAGGAGUUGCACCUCCUGAGUCUGGAUUUGACUUCUACAGCCGAUUCUUCUGUCCAAAAAUUGGAAUCAAUGAGGAUCCUGUUUGUGGCACUGCACAUUUAGGCAUGGCAUCCUAUUGGAGUAAGAAGCUGGGAAAGUGUGAUUUAAAGGCUUACCAGACAUCAACAAGAGGGGGAGUUCUCAAUAUUCAUAUUGAUGAACGCAAGCAAAGAGUGUUUUUGCGUGGGAAAGCUAUUACAGUGAUGGAAGGGUUUGUUCUGGUCUAAUCAUAUGUUCAUCACAAGCAAAAGUAUAUGCAAUAAAUAUAUCAAAUGCUACAGAUUAUAAUUUAUUUGGAGCACUUAAUUGUUAUGAUAUACUAUAUUAUAACAUAAGAAAACAAUUGUAUUUGAUGUACACAAACCUUGGUAUGCAAUGUUGUAGGACUUGUUAAGUUGAAGUUUGUGUGGUGAAUACUUUUUUCGGGCAUCACCAAGAUAAGGAUUUGUUCAUAUUUAUCUAGUUGAUGAAUAGUGAAAAAAGUUUGAUGUGUGGAAAGUGGAAACCAUAUCCAUCUUUGUAUAACAAUGUAACUGAUAAAACCACAAAAUUCAUAUUCCA